ACAGCGGCAGAGGUGGACGCUCUCCGAGAGCUGAGCCGCUUUAGUGCGCAGUGACAGGAAUAAAUGAAGAAGAAGAGAGAACAGAACACAUAGAAGUUUUUGGGGGAGCGAGUAUCUCUCAGGGCGGUCCUGGUCCAUGGGUUCAAGUUGCACAUAGGAGUUACAAGUUUCCAAUGAACAGAUACUUGGAGACGGCUGGGAUAAGCAUGGAAUUAUUUUUGUAAUGUUGAUUGCUAUUCCCUUGCAAGAAAAUAAAGGUCUGCUGCGGAACAAUGUGAGACGUUGUGGGUCUUGGAUUCUCGUGUUUCUGGAUAUCUUGAAAAUCAUUGGCAACAGUUGAGAAAGAAAGAAGUUAUGCGCAAAGGAUUUUAUGCUUCGACCCCGACAACGGGACCAACAUGGAUUUGCCUUUACAACCCCCUGUCCCUUGUUUAGAGAAGUUUUAGCCGGUCCACUUGUGUUGUUGUACUUGUUGUUGUUUGAGAACAUAUCGCCACAUUGGCCACUUGGAUUUUAAAACGUCGCUUGCCUUUGGAUUGGAUUUCCAACACCAUGAACUUUAUUGACAGUUUGACACUAUUAUUUUUGACGCUGUCAGCUGUCAAGAGUGCCCACAUACCGAAGGAAACAGAAAGAGGUCCACAUGACGUGAUCCCUUUAAUGGAGGUCUACAAUAAAAGUCUGUGUAAGCCUCGGGAGCUGCUGGUGGAGAUUCUGCAGGAGUAUCCGGAGGAGGUGGAGCACAUCUUCAUCCCGUCCUGCGUGGUGUUGACGCGAUGCGCCGGAUGCUGCAAUGAUGAGAUGCUGCAGUGUAUGCCCACAUCCAGCUAUAACAUUACAAUGGAGAUAAAAAGAAUAAAACCCCAAAGGCAACAAAACGACAUAUUUAUGAGCUUUACAGAACACAGCGCAUGUGAGUGUAGGUUAAAGAAAGAAGUGAAAGAAAAAAAAUCCCGGAAAGGCAAGGGUAAAGGCCAAAAGAGAAAACGAAAGAAAAACCGUGACAAAACAAUUCACGAUGCGUCCAGUGUUUGUGAGCCAUGUUGUGAUCACUGCUCAGAGAGAAGAAAGCGUUUGUUCAUACAGGAUCCUGCAACCUGCCGGUGCUCCUGCAAACACACAGAUGAAUACUGUAAAGAACGCCAGCUAGAGCUCAACGAGAGGACCUGCAAAUGUGACAAGCCAAGAAGAUGAGAGAGGUGGGAGCACCAGAUGUACAAGAUGAAGGAAUAUUCUAAAGAUAUUUCACAGCACAGCACUUUGAUCUUUGAACCGUUUUCUGUGGAAAGCAUUCCCCUUGGACAGACUGAGAGAGAACAAAAAAGAGAGACAGAACUGAAGUUUCCUCCCACUGUAUAUCUGUGUGUAUAUAGACCAUGAUAAAAGAGAAAAAAGUACAGAAUUGUUAUGCUGCUACAGAAACAAAUAACUAAACCCAUCAACCCAUCAUUUCUAACAGGCUUGUGACGCAGGUGUUGUUUUGUUGUCAAUUCAUUGUAUGCAAUUACUUCACUGGAUAUGACUCUACUGUGGUUGUGUAUCAAUCAUAAAUUGCAAAACCUCUCAAUCUAAAGAUAUAAAUAACUGCUAAAAACAGCGAGUGAGGCCGAAGAGGACACGGGAGCACUCUCAUUUAAAAAAAAUGAUGGAUGGAUUUUCGUCAGCCAAUGUCAACUUUUUCUUUUGGAGUAUAAGAGCAGGACUACCGGGACAGCUGAUGGAAACCUUGAAUCUUGAGUUUCUUAUUAUGAUAUUGCUUCUUUCCCUGUGAGGAAAUUGCAGGACUGACAUGGACUUACACAAUGUCAACAUUGUGAUCAGCGUGCAGGAGAAGAGACUCUGGAGUGCCAUAUACUUUUAAAGGGAUACUGGUUAUCAAUAUACCAUCUAAUAUUUUGUUAUGCCCUACAUGAAAACCACUGAAAACAUCCUAUACUGUAGUUUGAUUCCAUUUGAAAAACUGUGCCUCACAAAAUGUACUGAGAAAUCUUUCGAGUGCUUUUUAAAUUAUUUUUGUUUCCUUUUUUAGGAGAGGGGAUUGUCAACGUAGUUCUCUUAGUUGUUGAACUCAAUACAGAAUUCAUUGAUUACAUCUUACAUCUUCUUUUCUGAACUUGUACAUACUUAAUAUAGUCCAUUCUAGGUAAUUUAUAAUGUUAUAGAGUAUUUUUCAGUAUUCAGUCUUCUACCCAUAUUUAAUUUGGUCUAUUUAUAUAUACAGUGUUAUGUACCUGUAGCUGUCCUAUCCCCCAUGUGUAAGGUCACUGAUGGCUACGACACACACACACACACAAACACACACACACACACACACACACACACACACACACACACACACACACAAAAAUCAAAAAUGAUUUGUUAACAUUCCCUAAAUGGAUCAUUUGUACUGGUGUGCUGAUGGCAUAUCUGGAUUUUUCAACCCCUCUUUAUCUAAGGGUGUGGAUGCUGUGUAGUAUUUCUAACGUGUGUGUAUAUGUGAGUGUUUGUGUACGUGUGUAUGAGUGUGUGUUCACGUGCAUAAUUUUCCCGUGCACACUUCUGUGUGUAGGUGUUAGUAAGUUGUAUUUAAGUAUUUAAGUAAGUGGCAGACUUGUGUUUUGUCUUCCUUGCAAGAUGCAAAUACAAAUAAACUACUGCUAGCAGCUCA